AUGUUCGAGGCCGCCGGGUUCGCGGGAUCGGAGGAGAGCGGGUGGACGGACGAGAUGCUGGAUUCGGUGCUGCUUGCGGGUGAUGAGGAGACGGUCGCACUGAAGAUUCGCGAGAUGUUCGAGUGGGGCGCUGACGAGGUGCUGGCGAGCAUUGUGACGGUUGGGGAUUCUGAGGAAUCGCGGAUGCGAACGAUGCGGCUGCUUGCUGAGGCCUGA